CAAAGAGCGAAUCAUUUGUCCUUUUCUCACUCAUAGUUUGUGUCGUAAGCUAGAAGAGAGCCGGUUUAUAGUUUCUGAAUUCUUAUUUUAGCCUUCCUUCUAUGCUUUAGUUAUUGUUCUGAGUGUCUUACGUACAAAAAAGAAAGGUUUUUGAACGAAAUAUCUAGUGUCACUGUCAGAGAGAAAUGACAAGUGUCGAGCGCGAGUGCGGUGCGGAUUGACUAAUGUAAUGAGCGAAUUUCAAGUUUCCAACGUGUAUAUUUCGUAUUCUACUUGUAGUGAUUUGUUUCAGUUUUAAAGCUUCAUUUAAGGAAAAUGUCUUCCUCCUUCUUUUUAAAAGGAAAGUCUAGGAAGGUACAGAAGAGAAAAAGCGAUGCAAUAAAGAAAAAGCAACCAAAAAAGCAAAACGCGCCUAACCUAGAAAACGGUCACGAAUCUUCUGAUAGUGACUUGGAACUUAAGAAAUUUUCCGAUGCGGAAGAAUCGGAAAAUGACCAUGAGACUGCCGAACAGAAGAAGUUGCGUUUAGCUAAGAAAUACUUAGAAGAAAUAGAAAAAGAAGAAACCAAACGAGCAGAGCUUAAAGGACUUGACGACGUGAUUGGAAAGCGAUUGCAGCAAGACUACUUAGAACAGAAAGGUAAGCUACAUGUGAACAUAGCGGAUAAAUAUAUAGCUCCUACAGAGACCGAUGUCAGAUUGAUUCGAGCCAGGGAACACCGGCUCCCGCUCACGUGUGUGUGCAUUAGCAACGACGGCCAGUAUGUGUUCAGCGGCAGCAAAUGUGGUAGUGUAAUCAAAUGGGGUGUCAAAGAGAAGCGAAAAUUAAGUUGCCUUACAUACAAAACUCAUUCCAACUUCCUUAAAGGUAGCAUCACAUCCAUUGCUAUAUCAACAGACUCCAAAUUCUUGGCAACAUCAGAUGAAUCACCAAAUGUUCAAAUAUGGGAGCCUACUACAAUGAAACAUAUUCAUACAUUUAAAGGGCAUAAAGACAAAGUUACAGGAUUAGUAUUCAGGAAAAAUACUCAUGAUUUAUACUCUGUGAGUAUAGACCGCUCUGUCAAAAUUUGGUCAUUGGAUGAAAUGGCAUAUGUAGAAACAUUAUUUGGUCAUCAAUCACCAAUUACAGCUAUUGAUGCUUUAACCAGAGAGAGGGCAAUCACUGCUGGAGGUAGAGAUACAACUGUGAGAAUUUGGAAAGUAGUGGAAGAAUCACAGCUUAUAUUCAAUGGACCAGUGGGAAGUUUGGAUGAGGUCAAGUUGUUAGAUGAGGAACAUUUUGUAUCUGGUAGUGACAAUGGGUCAUUGUGUGUUUGGAGUGUGUUAAAGAAAAAGCCAUUAUGUACAGUCCUUGAAGCUCAUGGGUCAGAGAAUGAGGUACCACGAUGGAUCACUAGCCUGGCUACUCACCUAAACUCUGAUGUUUUUGCAUCUGGUUCAUAUGACAACUUUAUAAGAUUAUGGAAAAUUUCAGAAGGCUACAGGAGUGUUUUGCCUCUGUUUAGUAUAGAAGUAACAGGUUUUGCUAAUAGUCUGCAGUUCACAACUGAUGGUACUCAACUGUAUGCUGCAGUGGGGCAAGAACACAAAGCUGGGAGAUGGUUCAAACUAGCACAUGCUAAGAAUGGACUCUUUGUUGUAAACUUUAGUUUUAAGUCAUAAUUUACUCAAUAAAUGCAAAUUUCAAUGCAAUUUUAGUUUGUAUCCAUAUAAUCGAUUUAUCCACAUUUACGAAUCCCCCGAUUGUUGAGGAACCUCAAAAACCAAGGUACAACUGUCUGUCUACUACAACUACUAUGUAUAAGUUUUGAUAAAAACUCAUCCUGAACAUAGGAACUCGAAGGUCAAGAGUGUAUGUAAGUACUACAUUUAUUUAUUUCAAUUAGGUAUGUAUUUGUUAUUAUUAGUGUAAGUGAAUCCAUACUGUUUCUUCUUCUGGCUGUCUGCUCACACCAGUCGGCUAAAAAAAAACGUAGGUACUUCGUUCAGAAACAGAAAUACACGGUACAUCCAUUGGCGGCUCACUUUUUUUGUGAGUAGUGGAUAGAUUAAAUCCAUUAUUUGCCAGUUCGUAUAUUUACCUACCUAAUAUUGUCGAACUGUUGUCUUUGGUGGUGAUAAUGUUGCCUAUCGAUAGUUUUAACAGACCGAUAAGAUCAAUACGUAAUACUAAUUCCAUGAUUUUCCGUAUUUAUUAUUAAGACUUGUUUUUAUUUUUAUUUAGAGGUUUAGUCAUGGUAAUGUUUAUGUCAAAAAUAAAAAUCAGAAAUAUAGCAUACUAUAUUUUAUUUAUUAAAAGCAAAUAAACCUACACAGAAUCCAGUGCCAUGUUCCCAAUGUUCUUCUUUCUUGUUAGUUCUAAAAAAAUGUGUUGAGUAACCCUGUGUACUCGAAAAAACAUGUUAGUUGGAAAUAUACCAUUUUCUAUUAGUCACAGAGAAAAGUCCGUUUUAUUCCGAAACUAUGUCAGAAGGUG